GCGCCUGGCACAGAGCGCUUUUCGGCAGUGUGGCUGGAAGCGCUGCCGAGCGGCCCGCGGUGUGGGUUUGAGUGGAGGGAACCAGCGGAUCGGCUGUUGCCUGGACGGGGAACUAUGGACGUGGGCGAACUUCUGAGCUACCAGCCCAACAGGGGCACAAAACGUCCCCGGGAUGACGAAGAAGAGGAGCUGAAGACGCGCCGGAAGCCGGCCGGCCCUCGGGAGCGGGGCCGCUACCGGGAGGAGGAGCUGACGGUGGUGGAGGAAGCCGAGGACGACAAAAAACGGCUGCUUCAGAUUAUCGACAGAGAGGGGGAGGAGGAGGAGGAAGAGGAGGAACCCCUGGAUGAAAGCUCAGUGAAGAAAAUGAUCCUCACGUUUGAGAAGAGAUCGUACAAAAACCAAGAGCUGCGAAUCAAGUUUCCCGACAAUCCGGAGAAGUUCAUGGAAUCUGAGCUGGACCUAAACGAUAUCAUUCAAGAGAUGCACGUGGUGGCCACCAUGCCAGACCUGUACCACCUUCUGGUGGAGCUGAACGCCGUGCAGUCGCUUCUGGGGCUGCUGGGACACGAUAACACAGAUGUGUCCAUAGCGGUGGUCGACUUGCUGCAGGAGCUCACGGACAUCGACACGCUCCACGAGAGUGAAGAGGGAGCGGAAGUCCUCAUCGACGCCCUGGUGGACGGGCAGGUGGUGGCACUGCUGGUGCAAAACCUGGAGCGGCUGGAUGAAUCGGUCAGAGAGGAGGCCGACGGCGUCCACAACACUCUAGCGAUCGUGGAGAACAUGGCUGAGUUCCGGCCCGAGAUGUGCACAGAGGCUGCGCAGCAGGGGCUUCUGCAGUGGCUGUUGAAGAGGCUGAAGGCAAAGAUGCCUUUUGAUGCCAACAAGCUCUACUGCAGUGAAGUGCUGGCCAUCUUGCUGCAGGACAACGAUGAAAACAGGGAAUUGCUUGGGGAGCUGGACGGAAUCGAUGUGCUUCUUCAGCAGUUAUCCGUGUUUAAAAGGCACAAUCCCAGCACCGCCGAGGAGCAGGAGAUGAUGGAGAAUCUCUUUGAUUCGCUCUGCUCCUGCCUGAUGCUCAGCUCCAACCGGGAGCGCUUCCUCAAGGGCGAGGGCCUGCAGCUCAUGAACCUCAUGCUCAGGGAAAAGAAGAUCUCGCGGAGCAGCGCACUCAAAGUGCUGGACCACGCCAUGAUUGGCCCCGAAGGCACGGACAACUGCCACAAGUUCGUUGACAUUCUUGGCUUGCGAACCAUCUUCCCUCUCUUCAUGAAGUCCCCCAGGAAGAUCAAGAAAGUUGGAACCACUGAGAAGGAGCACGAAGAGCACGUCUGCUCGAUUCUGGCCUCGCUUCUGCGGAACCUGCGGGGGCAGCAGCGAACACGGCUUCUGAAUAAAUUCACUGAAAACGACAGCGAGAAGGUUGACAGACUCAUGGAGCUGCAUUUUAAAUAUCUGGGUGCCAUGCAGGUGGCCGACAAGAAGAUCGAAGGGGAAAAACACGACAUGGUCCGGCGGGGCGAGAUCAUCGACAACGACAUGGAUGAUGAGUUCUACCUGCGGCGCCUGGACGCCGGGCUCUUCGUGCUGCAGCACAUCUGCUACAUCAUGGCCGAGAUCUGCAACGCCAACGUGCCCCAGAUCCGCCAGAGAGUCCACCAGAUCCUAAACAUGCGAGGGAGCUCCAGCAAGAUCGUCAGGCACAUCAUCAAGGAGUACGCGGAGAACAUCGGCGACGGCCGGAGCCCGGAGUUCCGGGAGAGCGAGCAGAAGCGCAUCCUGGGCCUGCUGGAGAACUUCUAGAACUCGGCACCGGCACCGGCACCUGGACCUGGACCUGGAUGGCGGCGCUGGCUGCCCUCCCUGGAGCUGGUUUUACCCAGCGCUGUUGGCUUUUGGACAGAAUAAAGCUAGUUUUGGAAUUCCUG